AUGCUCUUCUUCAAACCGAAGUCCAUUCCACCCGAUUAUACUGCUGUUGCGCAAUACAAGGAUGACUUUGAGGACAGAAGCUCAUCAGAGCCCCAAGACUCCAUCCAGUUGCUGGAAAAGGAGAACAACAAUUCAUCCCAGACACCGCCCAAUCCGUCAAAACUACCUUUGGUUGUCAUAUACUUUUCUUUGGCCCUGGCCCUGCUAUCAGCUGUGAAUAUUGCUCUUCUUCCUGCCACACUGUCACAGUAUUUAGCAUAUCCCCUCACCGAUGCCGAGAUCAAAGCACUGCCCUAUGGCGAUGAACGGAUAGGAUUGGACAGGGUAGCACAAAUUACACGGCCUCUUCAGGUGUAUGAUAAAACUUGGCCGGACAGAAUCGCACGGGUUAGCCGAAAGUUGAAGUAUGCAGUGUGGGGUCAAGGUGUGCAGAUCUACAUUACUGUUGAGGACUCGACAGUUAUGCGCUUUCCUAUUCCCUCUCACGGCACCGAUAUGUGCGCCCUUUUCUGGAAGCCGCCUCCCGAGUCCUCUGCACGCAUCAAAGACUUGACAACUAAGGGAGAAAUAACAGAAAUCGAGGUCUGGAAACUCAUUGCAACAUCAGCAAGUGGAUAUUCCGACAUAGAUGACAUCAACUAUGACACCUUGUCGUACUCGACACUCCCAGUACGUGGGGAGCUGCUCGGUGUACUAGACCUUACUGCCAGGCCAAACAGCACAACUGUGGAGUUUGCUUGUCCUAGAGAAGCAGAAAAUUUAGUAGUAGAAAUGAGGUGCCAACGUGUAGCAUGUCAUGUAGAUUUUCUGCAGGUUGAGAUGGUACCGAGAUUUGGGUUUGAGUUGUUGAGGAGGCAGAAGUGA